AUGCUACCAACCCCGCAGGACGGGGAUGUCUCCUCUUCUCUCACCAAGCUUUCGCUCAACAGCCCAAAAGACGCUGCCAAGCCCACAAAGAAGAAGUCAAAGAAGGUUGUCGUUGACUCCUGGGAGGACGAGGACCUCUCUGACUCGGAGCCCGAACCUCCGUCCAAGGCGGAUGAAGAUGACGAUGCUGCAUCCCCACCUAAGCAGCCCGCAGCUCCUCCGCCAACCCCUCUUUCCCCAGUUGGCCCAUCAUGGACCCCCGGAUUAGAGUCUUCCACAUCUAGGGCACCCGUCGAUUCGGCUCGCCGGCCGGAGAAGACCGAUGCCGUGGCGCGGCGCAUGAUCGUCGCAGGCCUUGGUCUCAAGGCGCCCAAGCUGACUGAUGAACAGCGGGCCUAUCAGAAGUCUGUUCGAGAGCAGGAGAAAAAACGACGAGAGCAAGAGAGAGCCGCAGAGAAAAAGGCACGAGACGACGCUGAGAAGGCCAAGGCUUCUGUUUGGGACGACUAG